CAGAGGCUAGGAGUUUUUAAAAGAGAAAUUAUGAUGAGGAUGGAUAUAUUUACUUACGCCUACUAGGUUAUCUGUCAGAUGGGUUUUGGAUGGUUUCGUCAUUUAAAUUCGAUAUGGUAUCUGCGUAGCGUAUUCAUGUAAACCUGUCUCUCCUGAAUUCCCAAUUUUGUUGUGUUGUUCAAUGCAAUGCUCAACAUAUCAGAGUGGGAUUUUGAAAAGGUUGAAGAUGGCACUCACAAAAUUGCAGGAGAAGUACAACUUCGUAGCUUUGGUUCAUUUCUGGAAGAAUAUAGCUCCCAGCUUCGGGGUAUUGAAGAAGCUCUUGAAGAUCAUAUCUCAGACUCCUGGGAUAUAACAAUCGACCCCAUAAUAUUACAUUUCCCUGCAUAUGAAAAAAUUAGCCUUUUGGAACUUGUAGAGACCGACAAUAAAAUUCUCAGUAAAGUUCUUAGUGUGUUUGCAGUUCUCUGCUCAGAAGUUGAUCUUCUAACAAAAGAAGCCUGUGCAUCAUUCUAUGAUGCUAUACUUUACUAUGGUGAAGGAGAUGAGAGUGAGUCAUUACCUGAAGGGGAAUGGCAGGUGCAAGUGGCACGAUUCCUACCCAAACUUCAGUCAUUAUGGUCAUGGGUGAAAAGAUGCAGUCAGGUGGGUCAAGAGCUAGUUGCCCAGUUAAGUGCUCUUUAUUCUACUCAGUAUAAUGGGAAGCCGCUUGUGUGUGCCUCAGAAGUUCACUUUCAGGAAGUUUUAGAACAUCUGGGUGAUCUUUUAGUUGCUUUGAUCACAAUUGAUGAAAUGCUUAGAAAUCAAAGUACUCUGCAUGACCAUUGGACAUUGUUCAGACGUAUGCUGAAGUCUGUGCACCAUGAUCCUGCUGCUGUAGGAAUUCAAACUGAGAAAAUGCGUGCACUAGAAAAACUUGUUGGGGAUUAUGAAAGCACCCUUUUAAGUGGAAAAAUUUUUCAGUUGGUUAUGCAGCAACUUACUGGUUUGGGUGCACGUUGCCCUGCUGUUGGAGAUGAACUAACUGGCUUUGUAAGGUCUGCUCUGCUUGAACUUGAAACAAGACCUGCUGAGCUCCAAGAUGCAGACCAUUGGUCACGAUGGGUAAAACUAAGUGCUCUUUUGGUGACGAAUUUUAGCCUCUUUGGAUCAUUAGACAAAAAGGUCUUCAAGCAACUUUGGGAUAUCAACAAAAAGAUACCAGCUGUUACACUCUAUGCCAACAUUGUGUGGUUCCCAGAACAAUUUCUUCUUUCACACAUUCCACAACUGAACAAAGUUAUUGACAAGAAAGCUCAGCAACAGGUUUCUGCUGCAAGACAAGCAUUUUUAACCCUUAAAGCUCAAAGUCUUCCCAAGGAGGUCCAGCUUCAUUCAUUACAGGCUUGCUGCUGGAUGGUUCAAAUGGAGACUGCCCUGCAAAAAGAGUCAUCUCACCUGAAACUUGAUGACAUUAACAAUAUUUGUACACUCUUGUUGCAAGGAGUGCAGUUGGCAUGUGGAAUGAGCCGUUUACUACGCACUCUCACCAAUCUUCAUGUUGCAUUGGCAAAGCCAAUGAGUCGUUCUUCAGUUGUUGCUCUUUGUCGCCUGGUAGAAAUUUUGCAGGGUAUUCGGAGCAUGUACCAUAGGCAUUCCAUAUCUAUUUCUCGAUCUGUUGUACAUGUCAGUCAACACUUGCUCUAUCAAGCUUUAACAACAGUUACCUCUGCCAAGAAAGGAUUGGUGCAAAACAAAAAAUACAGUGAACAGCAUCUGGAUGUAUUAUCAUCCUUACUGGUUGUUGAAAGGGCAAUGUAUGGUUGCAUGACAAAGGAGCGUAGGCUUGUUUCACGAUUAGCACUUUCAAUGGCCAAUCAAGGGCGUACAUUUCGUGAUGAAGAAUAUGUAACACUUCUUCGAACUCUCAGAAAGCUUGAUGCAGUUUGUGACAUACAGACGCGAUUAUCAUCUGCUUGUGAUUGCUCGUUCCUGUAUUGGCACAGGAUAGUUCUCCCUAUUUAUUUUGAGAGUUUGUAUGCUUCCAAAACUGAUCUUCAUAGACUGGGGUAUAUGCUUUAUGCUCUACGAGACUGCAUACGGUCGGUGAAUAAUAGUGGUGACAAUUCUGAGUGUCUGAGAGAAAUGCUAGAAAAAGAAAUCUGGGAAUCAUUGCGUAAAUAUAUUUUAGAUCCUCUGUGCCAUGACAUUGAAACAAGUUUAAGACUCUCAGUGCAUGUACAUCUUCAAGUAAAUGAAAGAAAUCCUUUUACUAGCAGCAUUCCUGAUUAUGGCCCACUUUUAAGGGUUAGACCUAUGCGCUUUUUCGACAAAUACAUUGAUAUUAAGGGCUAUGUAGAACAUCAUCUGGAUCAAACAUUUUAUAAUCUCACAACUGUAGCCUUGCACGAUUGGAGAACCUAUGGGGAAAUGCGUUGUUUAGCAAAGUUCAAGAACAAUUUGGUGACGGUUGAGGACAACUUGCCAAGUCAAACACUUGAACAAGGCCUUGAUGUGCUGGAAAUCAUGCGUAAUAUUCACAUAUUUGUAUCAAAAUACCUCUACAAUCUUAACAAUCAAAUAUUUGUAGAGCAAUCAAGCAACAAUAAGCACUUAAAUACCAUCAAUAUCCGUCAUAUUGCCAAUUCAAUCCGUACCCAUGGUACAGGUAUUAUGAAUACCACAGUCAAUUUCACCUAUCAAUUUUUGCGGAAAAAGUUUUUUAUCUUUUCUCAAUUUAUGUAUGAUGAGCAUAUAAAAUCUCGUCUUUUGAAAGAUUUAAGAUUUUUUCGUGAAAACAAAACACAGUUAGAGCAAAAGUAUUCUUAUGAGAGAGCUGAUAAAUUUAACCGUGGAAUCAGAAAGCUUGGAAUAACUCCACAAGGGCACAGUUACCUGGAUCAAUUCAGAAUGCUCAUAAGUCACAUAGGCAAUGCUAUGGGUUAUGUUCGUAUGAUAAGAUCUGGUGGUCUCCACUGCUGCUCAAACGCCAUUGGAUUUGUCCCUGACCUGGAAGACGUUGUUAAUUUUGAAUCAUUGUGUGUGAAAGAGGGUUUGUCUGAAACAUGUGUCAAUGCAGCAAAGCAGCUUGACCAUGUAAUUGAAAAUUUGGGAAGGAAUUUUGCUGAAGGCACUGAGUAUUUCAAGCUUUUGGUGAAUGUUUUCUCUGGAGAGUUCCGUAAGCCAGAGAAUAAUCAUCUUCGUAAUUUCCACAUAAUGAUUCCUCCACUAACUAUAAAUUUUGUGGAGUAUAUAAUAGCCGCAAAAGAACGCCUCACCAAGAAAAACAAAGGAAAUGCUGCAUUCACAGAUGAUGGUUUUGCCAUGGGUAUUGCAUACAUCUUGUCUCUCCUUGGACUUCAGGCAGAGUGGGAUGCACUCCAUUGGUUUGAGUCGGUGCAGGGAAAGUAUGCUCUAGAAAAGGCAGCUCUAGCUGAUCAGAAAGGCUCCAGCCGAGGCCAAGAAGAUGAAAAACUACAGCAAACCAUGACACUCACGGCCCGCAGGCUUGAUGUCUACCAGCAGGAGUUUGAACUUCUUCAUUAUAGUCUCAGCAGUGCAAGGAUUUUCUUCCAAAAGGAGGAGAUAACUGUAGAGGGCUCACAAGAUAAAGUUGCUUGAUAUUCCCAGACCUUACUUCUUCUCAUAUCAGAACUUGUGCAUUUUUUUCCACUUUAUUGAAACUAUGGCAUAGACCAUGUUAUGUGAUAUUGUUCUUAUGAAUUUAUGUAUUUUUUUUAAAUUGUUGUGUAAUUUUGUCAACCUGUCAUGUUGCUGAGUAAACUAGUCACAAGCUCACAUCUUCCAAGUUAAAACCCUCUUUAAUUAAUAGAUCAUUUCAUUAUUUUAUUAUGAAUAAAUAAACUUUAUUUAGGUACAUACAUUGCAUUGAUUGUGCGUCUCUAAAACCUGGUUUAAAAUAAAAUAUUGUGUAUUCUUAA